AUGCCCGAACCAGCGAAGCCAGCGCCCAAGAAGGGCUCAAAGAAAGCUGUAACUAAAACGACGGGAAAGGGAGGAAAGAAGCGCAGAAAGUCCAGGAAGGAGAGCUAUGCCAUCUACGUGUACAAAGUCUUGAAGCAGGUCCACCCCGACACAGGAAUCUCGUCCAAGGCGAUGGGCAUCAUGAACUCGUUCGUGAACGACAUUUUCGAGCGCAUUGGAGGUGAGGCCUCCCGCUUGGCUCACUACAACAAGAGGUCCACCAUCACCUCCAGGGAGAUCCAGACCGCAGUGCGUCUGCUUCUGCCCGGUGAGCUGGCCAAGCACGCCGUCUCCGAGGGAACCAAGGCCGUUACUAAGUACACCAGCUCCAAGUAG